CGUCAGCCCCAGUCACGUUACCCUCAAGACUUUUCUUCACCUUACUGGACAACUCCAUGGCACCCACCUCAGCAGCUCAGCAGAGCGGUGCAAAACCCGUAUUUGGUGCAAAUGCAGCCUUCAACGACAAGGGAAAGCCUAUGGAACUCCGGCUAUCCAAUCUGGUGGCUGCAAAAGCUAUCAGUGAUGCUGUUCGGACGUCGUUGGGCCCAAGAGGUAUGGAUAAGAUGAUUCAGACUGCAAAAGGCGAAGUCGUAAUUACGAAUGAUGGUGCCACCAUCCUCAAAAAUAUUCAAGCGCUACAUCCUGCCGCAAAAAUGCUGGUUGACCUUUCUGUAGCUCAGGACGUGGAAGCAGGUGAUGGAACAACUUCCGUGGUGGUCCUCGCAGGAUCACUUCUAGGUGCAGCGGAAAAAAUGCUCCAAAAAGGCAUGCAUCCUACAAUCAUAGCCGAGGCUUUUUUCAAGGCAUCUGCGAAAGCAACAGAGUACCUGACAGAUAUCUCAACGCCUGUCGAUCUCAACGACAAUGCUAGCCUAUUGCGUGCUGCAAGUACUUCAUUGAACUCCAAAGUCGUCUCUCAACAUUCUUCGAUAUUGGCACCAAUCGCCGUGGCGGCAGUGACGCGUUUAAUAACCCCAACGUCGUCUAAUGUGGAUCUCCGUGACAUACGCGUCGUCAAGAAGGUCGGUGGGACGAUAGAAGACACAGAAUUGGUUGAGGGUGUUGUACUCAAUCAAAAUGUCGUGACAGCCGCUGGCGGUCCCACAAGGAUUGAGAAGGCAAAAAUCGCUAUUAUUCAAUUUCAAUUGAGUGCACCGAAGCCUGAUAUGGACAACACGGUCGUCAUAAACGAUUACCGUCAAAUGGACAAAGUCAUCAAAGAAGGGCGUCAAUAUUUGUUGAAUAUCUGCAAAAAGAUCAAGAAGGCAAACUGUAAUGUUUUGCUCAUUCAGAAGUCCAUUCUCCGUGACGCAGUCGAUGACACGUCCUUGAACUUCUUGAAGCGACUCAACAUCCUUGUGGUAAAGGAUGUAGAGCGGGACGAAAUAGACUUUUUAUCCAAAAGUACGGGAUGCAAGCCGAUUGCGGACAUCGAAGCCUUUACGGAAGACAAGCUUGGGGCUGCAGAUCUGGUAGAAGAAGCUUCACAGUCAGGUGUCAAGGUCGUAAAGAUUACUGGCGUCAAGAACCGCGGGAGAACAGUCAGUAUUCUUGCAAUGGGGAGCAAUAAUCUGGUCGUUGAGGAGUGCGAACGGAGUCUGCAUGACGCCCUCUGCGUCGUCAGAUGCCUGGUUAAGAAACGGGCUCUGAUUGGAGGAGGCGGCGCUCCCGAAAUCCACGUGUCACGAAUGUUAUCUCAGUAUGCCCAGUCACUCAAGGGAAUGGAGGCGUAUUGCAUUCAAGCCUAUGCUGAUGCGCUUGAAGUCAUACCGACCACGCUAGCAGAAAAUGCGGGCCUCAAUCCGAUAGCAAUCGUAACCGAAUUAAGGAAUCGUCAUGCCCUUGGAGAUAGGACCGCUGGGAUCAAUGUGCGAAAGGGUCUCAUCUCCAAUAUCCUUGAAGAAGAGGUUGUGCAACCACUAUUGGUUUCGACUAGUGCUAUUGAGCUUUCCACUGAGACUGUUUGUCUACUCUUGAAAAUAGACGACUAUGUACAAGCACGGUGAUUCGAGCAGACAUGGCAGAACUGUACAUUUUUGCAGAAUCACCAUGGCAUACAAAAAUAAUAUACGCAUCACACUCCUUAUAAGACUCCCUCAGGUUUCAGGUCACUAUGUAUGU